CUUUGGGUGCUCUUGAGGCCCCCGUGGUCUAAGGGUAGCUCUACAAGUCUCGUUGCAGCAUUGCAUUCUGGUCACUUGGGGCUUCCUUCUGAAUGUGUAUCUGCAUAUUUUAUGAUCGAUGUAUAUUUUUUUGUUUUCAAUUGUUCCUACGCCUCGACAUAAACACUUCACCUCUACACUUAUUUACUCAUGUAAAAAAACGGUGUCCGUCUUCUGUGCUCUUCAAAGUCUUGGGAAAUAACCCAGAGGAGUUGGUAAUAGUCAUCCAUUUUAUAUAUAUAUAUAUAUAUUAGCAUGUUGCAUUAUGGGAAAAUACAGGGUCCAAAUUGUCAGUCGUUCCCAUAGAACUGACUCAAGUCAACACACUUUUAAGGGUUCUUAGAUUGACUUCUCUGGCAUUUGCAGGGGAGAAUUUAAGAUGUUGACGUUUUAAAAAGGUUUACGAGCACCGAAAAUAACCUUCUUAUUCAAUUCAGUUUAUUUUAUAUUGCCCAAUAUCACAGAUUACAACCUCCCCUCAGAGGGCUUUACAAUCUGUACACAUAGACAUCCCUGACCUUUGACCUUGCAUCUCCCCCAAAAAGAAGAAGAAAAAAAACCUAAAAGGUGAAGAAGCCUUCAGGAGAGCAGAGGAGGAUCCCUCUCCAGGAUGGACAGAAGAAUGACCAGAACCAUGAACACAUUCAAUGAAUAUGACAGUGUAUGAAUAAUGAGUUGUAAGCGUGGCCCACGGUCAUUCAAAUUAUACAUGCAUACAAGUUUAAGAUUUAAAUUGCAUUCGCUUGUUUGGGCAGCAACGAGCAUCUAGAAAAAUAAAUGUGAAGAAAGUUUUUUGUAUUAAACCAAGAGACACAAACACAUUCCUGAUACCCGGGUCCGUUAACGUGAAGGUAGUUCAGGUGCUGCUGGUUUUGGGUCUCAGCUCUUGAGCUCCAUCUCAUAACCACAGCUGCGUUUCCUUCCUGUCAUCCACCUCAACCUUUUGAGAAACCCGAGCCGAAAGUUUCCAUCGCAGUCGUCGAGAAACCACAGCGGCCCUCCCUCCUCCGCCCGAUGACACCGUUUUUUAAAGUAGAAUUUUAAAAAAAAAGUCUUCUUCCAUCUCGAUGAACCUCUCGCGUAGACGAUACGUCUCCAUCUUCACACGAGCCACCAUGAGGACCGCUCGCCUCCUCCUGCUGUGCAUGCUGGGAUACGCGCUGCUCUCCUCGGUGACCUGCAACAAUGGAAGCGGGCCCGACGACUGCUGCUUCAGGACGUACCCCUGGAAGCUGAGCAGGAAGCUCAUCCGCUCCUACUACCUCACGGACUACCGGUGCGCCAUGCCGGCAGCCAUCCUGGUGACAAAGAAGGGGCGUCACAUCUGUGUGGAUCCCAAGCUGUCCUGGGUCAGGAACAUCAUGAAGCGCGUGGACCAAGACGCCUUCUGAAGCGGCCGCCUGCUCGCCCUCCUUCAAAGGGACCGCAGCUUUCCCCCCUCCAUCCAUUCCCAUCCUAUGAAAUGCAUGCCGCAAUAAAGACGUGUAGAUUUAGCCUCCAGGUGGAGUUCUGAGCUCGUGUCGGCACAGUGACCGACUCGCCCCGUGUUUCUGUUGCUUUGUAUCGACGUCACACAAAUACAGUCAACGUUGAAGCUUUG